UCCAAUCUCUGUGAGUCUCUGAGUCUGCCCCCAAUUUAAUGCGUGGCAAACUCUUGCUCGGGUUUGAUUUGUUUAAUAUUCCUCUCCAAGUGGCCUGUCGUCGUCGUUGUCGUCGAGCUCGACAUUCCUGCGGCCUCUCCUCUUUUCUCCAGGGCGCUCAAAGGGCGAGCAGCAGAGAAGAGGACAGAGGAGAGCAGGUCCGUUCGACAUCAUCGCUGCUGCUGGUCCCGCUCAAGGAAGCAAGCAAGAGAAGAGGAGGAGAGGCGACCCGAGAAAGAACGACCCGCAGAUCUGUCCAGCGCCAUGGCUGCUCGGGCGCAAUCGCAGAGACUAGUGCAGCAUGUCUGCCGGAGCUGGAACUUUGGGGCCGCUCCGAGCUCGCAAGUGAGCGGGGCGGGGCAAGGAGCAGCCUAUGGCCGCUGUGUCAGUGCCGUGAGGGCGUACGCCGCAGCCGCAGGCGAUGAGAACAUCGACGUGGUCGUCGUGGGAGGAGGUCCUGGAGGCUACGUCGCUGCCAUCAAAGCUGCGCAAUUGGGCUUCAAAACCACCUGCGUCGAGAAGCGCGGCAGCCUCGGGGGCACUUGUCUCAAUGUCGGAUGCAUUCCUUCCAAGGCGUUGUUGCACUCGUCGCACAUGUUCCACGACGCGCAACAUAAUUUUGCCGCGCACGGAGUGACUGUGACCAAUGUACAAAUUGAUCUUCCCAAGAUGAUGGAUCAGAAGAACAAGGCAGUGUCAGGGCUGACCAAGGGAAUUGAGGGGCUAUUCAAGAAGAACAAGGUGACCUACGUCAAGGGCGCAGGGAAGAUCACAGGCCCAGGAUCAGUGUCGGUGGAGCUGCUGGAAGGAGGAACGAAAGAAAUCAAAGCCAAGCACAUCAUCAUCGCCACCGGAUCCGACGUCAAGAGCCUGCCGGGAAUCACCAUCGAUGAGAAGCAGAUCGUGUCGUCCACAGGUGCUCUGGCUCUGACCGAGAUUCCCGAGAAAAUGAUCGUCAUCGGAGGGGGAUACAUCGGCCUGGAAAUGGCCUCUGUCUGGGGCCGUCUGGGUUCAGAAAUCACCGUGGUCGAGUUCGGGGACGCCAUUGUUCCUUCCAUGGACGGCGAAGUGCGCAAGUCGUUCCAGAGAACCCUCGAGAAGCAAAAGAUGAAGUUCAAGCUCAAAACUAAAGUGUCCAAGGUGGAGAAAUCCGGAACCGGGCUCAAGGUGACCAUCGAGCCUGCCGCUGGCGGCGAGGCCACCACUCUGGACGCGAAUGUGGUCCUCGUUGCAGCAGGAAGGGUGCCUUACAUCAAGGGUUUGGGUCUGGAGGAGGUUGGAGUGAAGGUGGACAAGUUCGGCCGUGUGGAAGUGGACGAUCACUUCAAAACCAGUGUCGAUGGCAUUUACGCCAUCGGAGAUGUGAUCCCAGGCCCCAUGUUGGCUCACAAGGCCGAGGAAGAUGGCGUCGCAUGCGUGGAAUUGCUGGCUGGCAAGGCCGGACAUGUGAAUUACGACACUGUUCCGGGAGUGGUGUACACUCACCCGGAGGUCGCAUCGGUGGGCAAAACCGAGGAGCAGGUGAAGGCUGCAGGAAUUCCCUACAACGUGGGCAAGUUUCCAUUCAUGGCCAACAGCAGGGCUCGUUCCAUCGACGACGCCGACGGCUUGGUGAAGAUCAUCGCCCACAAGGAGACCGACAAGGUUCUGGGAGUUCACAUCAUGGGCCCCAGCGCUGGAGAAAUGAUCCACGAAGCUUGCCUCGCCCUGGAGUACGGUGCCUCGAGUGAAGACAUCGCCAGAACUUGCCACGGCCACCCCACCCUCAGUGAGGCCGUGAAGGAGGCGGCCAUGGCAACCUACGAUAAGCCAAUUCACUUCUAGAAUGUCUUCCUUUUUGUUCAUCUUUGUAGAAAGCAUUGACACCCACCAUUGAAUUUGCGAACUCGAGGGGUACACUAGAUAGAUACGGCUGCCUUCUAUCACACUGUAUGUAGUAAUUACAUGUGAGAACGAAUUGCAUACAUGACUUGGCUGGGUACGAAAGUGAGAAGAAGAAGAAGAAGAAGAAGAAGUUGAUUAUGAUGAUGAUGAAUGAAAGCCAGAUGAGCCCGUGUGAGGAGAUGUACAGCUGUUCAUGGAGCUGACAUUCCUCAUCGGUGAUGGUUUCGAACUUAUCGCUGUUGGCAGGAGUAAGAUGCGAGCCAUAAUGAUGUUUGUUUGUUGGUUGGUUGGAGAUUGCAUUGAUAGGUUCGGGUUGGGGCAUUCUGGGUUGGAUUCUCAAAUUACAGCACUCAAUACGCACUUCGGUCACUCCGUGAGUGAGUGCUCUUAGACAGCUUCAUGGUGGAGAAAUCAGAGUCACUCGUCGUUGUUGGAUUCUGUGUCACAUCUCGCGUGCCGAUCAGCAUGGGUCCAACUCUCCUUCAAUGCCAGUGCGAUUCAGAGAAACCCCGAGUUCUAAGCAGCAGCGAAAGUAUGUAGGGCACAGGAAGAGAGCCCUCUCGAGGCAGGCUUGCAGGGAGAUGGAAUCUACUAGAGCCAAGUUCGGAUCAUGUCGCUGGGCACCGCAUCAGAUGCUUAUAGCCCUACACGUUGAGAUUUAACGUGCUGAAGGUGUGCAAGUUGAUGCACUCGAGAGCUGGCUAACUUAAUUGAGUGGCCGUGUGCAUAAGAAGCUGGUGGAUCCUCUCUCUCCCUGCAUUUCGUAGCAGUUCCCCUCCUUUUCCACUUUUCCCAGUCAUGUCAAGAGACUUACCAAGUGAGUCCAUCUGUAAGUAUUGCCUCCGCAAUAAGUUGUGUUCGAAAUAGCGCAAAUGACCACUUGGGCACGGGCACAUUCUUGAGUUUUCCUCGUUCUUGGAAGAUAUAUGGUCAGUUUAAUGUCCUGAGUUUCCUUUGGAGCAACACCUACGCAUUUGCUUUAUGUGGUGAUGUGGUUGCUGUUUGCGUGUUGCUGCAAGUGACAUGUGAUUAUAUGGAGAGGAGCAUCAGUUUUUUAGCGUCUGUUUACAUUGCAAGUAAUAGGCUUCGUCGUGCAUGGUUGUCCUGCCCCUGUCAGUACAUGGCCAAAAUUGCGUUUGCAAGGUCGAAUACUUCGCACCCUCUCCCUCGGAUGAAGAAUUCAACCGUCUUGUGUAGCAACGCAGAGUUCUGCCUCUUGUGAUUCGACUGGAUCAUG